AAAUGUUAACAUGCAGUCAGUACAAAUUAGUGUGGAAAGUUCACGUGAAGAUGGCUUCCUGAAGACGUGACCGUUUUGUAACUUAGCUCUUUCCAGUCUUCUGAAGAGUAAGGAAAUGCAUGAUGGCUUUUCAAAAUUCGCUACGAGAAGUAAGCAGAAGGCUUCUGAGACCUUCUAGUUGCAACAGUAAGCUGACUUUUGCAAGAAAUGUGUGCUGGCGAAGUGGAAGUUCACAACGUGUUGAACCAUGGAGAACGUGGGUGCGUGUGACCCUGUUGCGGGGCCAAAGUCUGCCCGAAUGUAUGGACACGAUAUUCAAGUUGCUCCAAAGACAGUUGAACGUUUACGCAUCGCAACAAUUGCGUCGCAUGGAAGGAGUGAUGAGCCUUUAUGGCUACCUUUACGCAGAGAACAUGUUGCAGACUUUAGCUGGCAGUUUUUCCAGACGAUUUGUGAGAGGAAAAAAGAGGCCCUUUUACUUUCUCUUCGGAGGAGCUUGCUUUGUGUGGGAUAGACAUAACAAAAUAUCAGAUCAAGAAAUGGAUAGUUGUGCCAGUGAUUUUGAAAUGAUUCAGAAGCUGGAGAAGCUGGAAAGUGCUGACCAUGUGACCAGCAAUGCACCGUGGGAUAUCAUCUUCAAACACAAUCAUCUUAAAGUCUGGAGACGACCUUUAAAUAACACCUAUCUGUAUGAAUACAAAGCCUAUGGCUGCUACAUGGAUAUCUCAGCUAAAUCCUUCUUUCAAGUCCAACUAGAUCUUGAAUAUCGGCAAGUAUGGGACAAGUAUGCAAUUAAGCUGGAUGUGGUGGACCGUGAUAAUGAGACGGGGUCAGAGGUCAUCCACUGGGUCACGCACUACCCUUUCCCGAUGUACAGUCGAGACUAUGUCUUUGCCCGUCGCUAUAAAAUUGAUCAUGCCAAUAAUGUCAUGACCGUUGUCUCCAAGGCUGUGGACCAUCCUAAAGUUCCAGCCAGUAAGAACCAUGUCCGAGUCAGUUCUUACUUCUCCCAGAUGGUAAUUAGACCCCAUCGAAGCUUUGAGGAGAAUGGAUUUGACUACAUACUGACGUACCAUGAUGACCCACAAACCUCCUUUCCUUCCUCAUGUGUCAACUGGAUGACAGAAUCAGGUAUGCCUGACUUCCUUGAGAAGCUUCAUCAAGCUGCUAAGCAAUAUGACAGCUACAACACUCCUCAAGCAAUGAUAAGAGACCUUACUAGUUCAUCAAUUGUGUCUGAGAAUCAACGUUUUGGUCAACCCUCACCAGGCCAGUAUUCUAUGUGAAGGAUGCCAUCAACAUCAAAGGUUCUGUAUACAGAAUAAUUGAGACCCCAAACGCCUCAAAAUUGGCAGAUAACUCCUACAGGUGUCUCUGUAUAUGGAAUGAGCUGAAAGAACAGUUGAUUUCGCCGGGUGUUACCGAUAAUUUUCACAAUGGUCUCAAGCUGUGUCUUCAUCAUGUGCUUCUUUAGCAUGCUCAUAGGAUUGGAGGCCCAAGAAAUCUUCGAAGCGCCAUACAUCAAGAGAGAAACAGACACUCAUCUUUACAAGAUGGCAGGAGACACUGCUAAAUUCAGAUGUCUUCUGGAUGGCAACCCAAAGCCACAUAUCCAAUGGUAUGAUGAAGAUGACCAUCUGCUAGAGACAGUUGGGAGGACAACGGUUAAACAAACAACACUGACCAUCAGCAACCUUGAGGGAGAAGACCGUGGAAGGUACAGAUGCCAAGGAAGUAAUGACUUUGGAGUCAUAGAAAUCAGCUUUACAUUAGAGGUCACUGAAAGGAGUGGUGUGCUUUUGACUCGUCCUUCCAUCCUCGACUUUAACAACAAACUGGCAAUUGUUGGGAGAAAUGUUUCAUUUGAAUGCAACGUCACAAGUGACACAUCACCAAAAAUUAUAUUGCUUACAAAUUGUGAAGAAUACCUUACAAUGGAGCAAGCCUUCCCUAACAGACACACCAUCAUAAAUAAAACUUACCGGUCUGGACUCCGCACAGUUUAUUCCAGCAUUACUACUAUUCAUAAUGUAGCAUUUGUUGAUGCAGGGGUUUACAGAUGCGUUGCUGGUAACCUGUUGGGCAUUUCCUCCAAGAAUGCUACUCUCACCGUUGUUGAAGAUUCAGCAUCAGCUGAGCUAAGCUUACUGGAGCACUUGAUCAGCAAACAAGACAUUCCUUUGGCUGAUUUGAUCAUAAAAUUAUUGAAAUUCAAGUGUGAUCAUGAGUAGAGUCCAAGCCUUAAGAUUGUUGACUUCUUACAUUAGAACAUCUGUAAGACUUUGCUAAUCCAAUACAUCUGUGCUGGGAAACAUCCCUUAAAUUUGUAAAUUUGUUACAUGCAUGAGUGCUGCAUGUUUUCGUAGUGAAUAUUGCUAGAUUUUGAUAACUUACUGAAAUUCUAAAUCUGAUAAAAUAAGAUCUGUCAACAGUGUAUUCAUUAAUAUAUAUUUCAAGAGAUAUAUCUGUUUGGCUGAUUGUAAUUAACAUUUACGUCACUUUAUUUCAAAGCUUGAGAGUUAGACUCUCAUUGUAGUUGUGACAGAAUUCUCUUUAAUUUAGAAUCAAAACAUCACACCUUAAUUUUAAAGCUAACUUCAAUCAUUCCUCUUUCAUCCAGAACCAAAACGUUUAAAGAAAAAUGGGUCAAAAAUUGACUUUCGACUUAAUCACUCAUUACCAUUUUUGGUAUGAGGAUAAAGGCAAAUUUAAUCAUAUUUUGGUAAUUAAAUGUUUGAAUAUUUUAUAAGCUCUGUAUUUUCCCCAUAGAUCACAUGGUUUGCUUAUGUCAGACAGAUUUUGCUUGAGUUUUUUUUUUAAACCUUUUAUUUUGAUGAAGCCAAAGUUUACUUCAAAUGUAAGGCUAAUCCCUUACAAUUUGAUUUAACUGACAAAAAUUUCAUUAUUUGUCAAAACUUUGUUCGAAUGCUUUUAAGCGAAGUAAUAUGAGAAAAAAAUUUGCCUUGCAUGUCUAUUGAAUUUCAGAAUUUACUUUUUCUCGCUUAACUGUUACAAAUGCAUUUUCAAGAGAGAUCGUCAUUUUGUUGUUAUCUGCACAUUCCAGAAACAUUUAGUUCAGUAGAACACUGACUAUUAUUAGUAGGGGAAGCCUUGUCAGUAUUUUCUUUAUAUUUCUCAACACAUAAAAGCCAUGGUUCUUUGGGGGGGGGAGGUUGUCACCUUAGCCGAUUCUAUUUGUAAUUCUAGUAACAUUUUAAUGCCAUGAAAAGGAAAUGUAUAACAUUGCAUGGAAUAGACAUUUUGGAGCUCUUUUCUUCACUUCAAACUCUAGGAUAUCUGCCAUUGGUAUGUUCCAAAUUUCAGUCAACAAGACAAACAAACUUUCAAUUCAAUUUUCAUUGUUUAGCCAUUUUACUCUUAAAAACUGCUAUAUACAAAAGUUUAUAUGGCCUCAAUAGGCAAUAAAAAGCAGCUUGUUAGAAAAUCCCCGACAUUAGUCAAAAGCUCAAAAACAGAAAGGCCAUGUCUGACCUAUUUGGCUGUGGCUUGAAAUUACACACAUGUCUACAGUCACCAUCUAAUGCAGUCAUGAUUAACAUUUCAAACCACAGCCCAAGUUACAACUGAUGCUUGAAAAAUCUUUGGCAAGGGUGUGAAACAUGUUGGAAACUUAAAUAUAACAUGGAAGGAUAAAAUCAGUCAUCAGUGGCUGAACCACCAAUACAACUGCUUUAGGGAGCACCACAGAAAGUUCUUAUUGCGCCCUCUAAUGUUAUACUCCGUUAACAGAAACUGGGGAUCAAAAGCAAAUAACCUGAACAACUGGAACACAGACUAAUACCGAACUGACUAAAUGGAAAGGAUGAACAAAUGAACAGUAAUAAGGAACAGUUGGCAGUGAACAAAUAGAAAAUCAAAGAGAGAUUAUGGCAGUGAUUGUUUUUAGAGAACAAAGUAAAUGUAUAAUUAAAACUUGGUUACCAGUCUAAUAUUUACGUGAAAAAGUAUAGGCGUUUAAUAUUUACGUCAACAUAUAAUUUAGCCACAAAUAUUUUCACUAAGAGGAAUGAGGGAAAAAGCCUGAAAUGUUGUGGCAGAUAGUAACAAAAAAGGCACAGGCAUAAUGGAUUUCAGAUGUGUCCAGCACCAAGUCAUUUUAAGUACUCCAAAAAUCACUUGCAUGACAUGCUUCAGAGCUGAGAUACUUCUUG